AUGCACAACAACAGCAGCAGUCGCUCUCUUAUUGUGGCACGGCAACAUCAACAGUUGCAGAGACAGGACGGACUGCACGGCAUGACGCUAAACGGGGUAGGCAUCGCUGACGUCGAAAAGGAAAUCCUGCAGAACAUCUAUUGGCUAUGCCUCUCCAGUACCACCUGGGCAUUCAUGCAAAUCGAUCAGCCAUUCUCGAUCCUGGGACCUGAUGGGCUUCCAGGUUUCCCCAGUAUGGAUGAAAAUACGUCAACCGUCCUCCGUCUAGACCAGGCCUCUGGUAACAUUUCCACGCUGCAUUCUCAAAUCCAGACGAUGCGCUGGAUGUGGCCGCUCAGUCAUGUUACAAGCACUGUUGCUCAUGUUUAUAUGCUCUACCUGAAUACUCCGACGAAGGACCGUAUCUUCCAGCCUGUCAAUUCGUCUACACUCUCGUUGGAGAUCCGGGAUAUCCUUAAUCAAGCCAUUAGGCUGGUGGAGCGGGAGGUUACCACUACCAAUUUACAGUCUUUCUUAUUGAUUGCUUACAACACCAUCGUUAUUUAUAUGCUCUUUUCUCCGGCACAGAUUGCAUCUUCAUCUUUCUCAGUGGACGAGUUCUGCAAGUCCACAUCAACCCUACUCGAUAUUGCUCAGCGCUUUCCAUCCCUAUUACCAACAGGUCUAGUGUUUACUCAAAGAAAAUACAUUGCGAGCACACUAGCCCUGGCAUUUUACACUUGCAGCCGCGCUUUGGUGCUUAGCUGUAGAGAACACGAACAACAACCUACGGACCCUACGACUAAAGCGCAAACUAAAUUCUUUAGUCUUGCCUCGCAACUGCGCAAAGCGUGCAAAUCAGACAUCGUAUCAUCGUGCGUGUCAAUCAUACAACCUGUCAAGAAACGGCCCAAACGCGUACAAUCAGCUUUUCAAUCACUAAUUACAAGCGACUCUCCCGCGCCAUCUUUGUCCCUGGAUGGAGAACUGAACUUUACCUUCGACUCUGUCUCCUGGUCCGGCCUAGGAAAUCAAGACUUGGGAGACGAUCCUGCGCAAUUUGAAUUUGCUGAUCCGGAAUUCUUCGUCGAUGACCCGGCAUGGGGCUCCUUGCUACGGUUCCCGGGCUUCGCCCGGAUAUCUACGGGAACAACAAAUCUGGAUGAUCAAGUCGACCAGCCAAUGCCCAUUUGUCCUGUAGAGAGCAAUAACGAUAACCAUGAUUUAUUCCUUGGUGGUCAGGACCUUACUACAAACCAUUUCAAUGCUGCACUGCACGAUGAUGCCGCGGAGAUCGAUCAUUUGAGGUAA